AUGUCAAAAGAGCUUCUCUGCAAAUUACCUGACAAGUCAUCGGCUUUCAACUUCAACUACACGCAGAGCUCAAUAUGGUCCCCUUUGGUCCCUCGGGCUUACAGUGCCAUGGACUUGAAUUUUGAUUUUGAAGAUUUGGAUUUCAUGACACCCACAAAUAAAAAGAUCUCAUUUGGUGGUGGCGCUAUGGUGUUGAGCAACAAAACCAAGUUGAAGAAAGUCACUUACAACAUCAAGAAGAAGCUCAACAUAAAUCUUAAUCUUAAUGUUUUGAAGAUGAAGCACAUGCACAAGAACAAAACCAAGGCUUGGACUAAGGCGUUGAAAGCUGCCUCUAAACAUUUCAAGAAAAAGAAGAAGAAAGAUCCCACGGCCCAUGUGAAGAUCUCCAACAAUUUGAGAGAUGGGAACAUUUCAAGAUGA